GUCCAUAUGGGGGCAGUCUAUCUGGUUUCACCAAACAGUCUGAAGUGACAGUAAAGGCAAUAUGGCAGCGCGCAUGGUUCAAAUACUAACGUGAAGGUCUUUUUUCGGGUGUACGUGAACACAUAUUAUCCCAUUAGCAGGCAAAGGGGACGGACAGACGUGUGGCAGGCCAGACACAUAGACAAUGUCUAAGAUAUCUAAAGCAGCCAAGGCGGUGAAAAGGUUGGAUACUGGAGGUGUGAUCAGAGCAAUUGUAAGGUCUGGACAGGCGGCUCCUGGGCCUCCACUGGGCCCCAUCCUGGGACAGAAAGGAAUUCCCAUCGGGGCGUUCUGCAAAGACUUCAAUGAGAAAACCAAAGAGCUCAAAGAAGGCAUUCCUCUUCCCAUCAAGAUCAACGUGAAGUCGGACAGGACGUAUGACCUGAAAAUUGGGCAGCCCACUGUGUCUUACUUCUUGAAACAGGCUGCCGGCAUUGAAAAAGGAGCCGGGAAGACUGGGCAUGAGAUCGCAGGUAUGGUGACGUUGAGGGCCGUGUAUGAGAUUGCACAGGUCAAAUCACAGGAUGACAGCUUUAAGCUGCGAGACAUCUCUAUGCAGAACGUUGUCAAGAGCAUCAUCGGUUCAGCCAGGUCCCUCGGCAUCCAAGUCGUCAAUGACCUGUCACCAGAAGAGUACGGGGAGUUUCUCCGAGAGCGUGAGGAGAGACUGAAGGCAGAAGCCGAGGCAGCAGCCGCUGAGGCAGCAGCAGCAGUAAAGAAGAAAUGAAGAGCUGCUGUGUGCUAGAGUUAUUUAUCAAUACAAACCCCCCCGUUCACAUGGAUGUGUUUUUCUAAUAAAAUGCUGCUCAUUUGCA